AUGCAGAUGCAAGAAGUUCUAGUCAUCGGGGGGACUGGCGCCCAGGGUCUCGUUGUCGUCAACGCUCUCUCCUCAAGCAAACGAUAUGCAGUACGAGUCCUUACUCGCGACAGAAACUCGGCUCGUGCGCGAACAAUUGCGAACCUCGCCAAUGUAACCCUGGUCGAAGGCUCACAGGAUAACCAGCAAGAUCUGCACCGAGCAUUUCACGGAGUUUACGCUGCGUGGGUCAAUACCGAUGGCUUCACCUUAGGGGAGAAGAAUGAGCUCUUCUAUGGCUGCCGAGCGUAUGAAAUCGCCAGGAGCGAAGGGGUCCAACAUUACGUCUAUGCCAGUACGGACUUUGCACUCAAGGAUACCAAUUGGGACGAAAAUUACCAUUGGGGACACAAUGAUGCCAAAGGCAGAGUGGCCGAGUAUAUCUUGGCUCAAGGACAACAAGGGAUGAAAAGCUCGAUUCUCACCACUGGGCCCUAUAUGAACAUGCUCUGGGACGGUAUGUUUGUACCUAAGGAAAAGGAGGACGGGUCCUUUGUCUGGGCUAACCCUGCAAGAUCGGGCAAAAUACCACUUAUUGCUCUGGAGGAUGUCGGCGUCUAUUCCCUGUGGCUGUUUGACAAUCUUCACGAGUCCAGUGGCUUGGAACUCAAAGUCGCAACCGACGAAGUCAGCUUCCAGGAAAUAGCUGCCACCUUCACCCAGGUGACUGGAAAGAAAGGGGUGCAUCAGUACGUUCCUCUUGACGAAUACAUGCCCGCCGCAGAGCCUUACCCAAACGCUCCGGCGAACUAUGCAGCCGGCCCAAAUGCCGUCCGGGACGAGUCGAGCAUGACGUGGCGUCGGAAUUUCUCGGCUUGGUGGCGAUACUGGGGAGAGGGCCGAUGCCCACCCAGAGACAUGGCUCUGCUGGACAGAAUUCACCCCGGCCGUAUAAAGUCUCUGGCGGAGUGGAUGAGGUUGGUUGGUUACGAUGGGAUACGGAAGAAUGUGCUCAAAGGAAAUGAAGAUUUGAGGAGACAGGCUAAAUCGGUGCAGCAAACCAAGUUGGCCUGA